GGCAGCCCUUAUGUACGAUGCGGUGUUUGUUUUGGUGGAGGCCUUUAAUAAAAUCUUACGCAAAAAACCCGAUCAAUUUCGAAACAAUAUCCGUCGCGGCCAGACAGUUAUGACGGCAGCUUCCACAUCUGCUAAUGCUUCAGGCUUGUCAAAUUCUGGCGGUCUUAUGGCUGGCUCACAGAAUGGUGGAGGUGGCGGUGGUAUGGGCAGCGGAGGUGGUGGUAGCGGCAGUGCUUCACGUCCAUUGGACUGUAACACUGGCAAGGGUUGGGUUACCCCCUGGGAGCAUGGUGAUAAAAUUUCACGCUAUUUGAGAAAGGUGGAAAUUGAAGGUCUGACCGGUGACAUAAAAUUCAACGAUGAUGGACGACGUGUUAACUAUACCCUGCAUGUCGUCGAAAUGACCGUUAACAGUGCCAUGGUCAAGGUGGCCGAAUGGAGUGAUGAGGCUGGCCUCCAACCACUGUCGGCGAAAUAUGUACGCCUGAAGCCCCAUGCCGAAAUAGAGAAAAAUCGUACUUACAUUGUGACGACAGUACUGGAAGAGCCCUACAUAAUGGAGAAGCGACCCAUUGGUGGUGAGACCUUGGUGGGCAAUGAUCGCUUUGAAGGCUAUUGUAAAGACUUGGCUGAUUUGUUGGCCAAAAGGCUUGGCAUUAAUUAUGAAAUGCGUUUGGUUAAGGAUAAUUUAUAUGGUUCAGAAAAUCCCAAAAUCCAAGGUGGUUGGGAUGGCAUGGUGGGCGAACUGGUGCGAAGGGAAGCGGAUAUUGCCAUCGCUGCCAUGACAAUUACUGCCGAACGUGAACGUGUCAUUGAUUUCAGCAAACCAUUUAUGUCGCUGGGCAUCUCAAUUAUGAUUAAAAAACCAGUCAAACAAACACCGGGCGUAUUCAGUUUUAUGAAUCCUUUGUCGCAGGAAAUCUGGCUUGGCAACAACAAGAAUAAAACAUUGCCCACAAAAGAGUAUAAAAGUUCAUGCGUUCUGCGUCCGGCAAUACGCCAACAAGAACAGCAACAACCACUGAAAAGCGCAAACAUAAACUUUAUUGAA